UCCCUAGAGGGAAGAUUGAGAACUUACCAAACAGAAGAAAGGCCUGUGAGCUCAGAGGAGGAUGGAAUCACUUUGGAUUUUGCAGAAGAAACAGCCAUCGCUCCAAACCACGCCCUUCUGCUCCGCCGCCCACAUCCAUCCCAACAUCUUUCCUUAGAGCCAGCUCUCUCCAAAGAUCGAUAUCAGCCCACAUUGGAGAGGCCGUACGCCUGUUCUGAAUGCGGGAAAUGCUUUUCAGACAGAAGCAUCCUUCAGAGACAUGAAAAAAGCCACACAGGCGAGAAGCCGUUUUCCUGUUCCAUGUGCGGAAAAUCCGGCCUGGAUGGGCAUCAGAUGAUUCACACGGGAGAGAAGCCACACUCCUGCCCCGAAUGCGGCAAAGGUUUUCCGCACAAAUCCCAGCUGCGAACACAUCACAAAAUCCACACGGGCGAUUUGCAGUUUUCGUGUUCCGACUGCGGCAAACUUUUUGUACAGAAGUCGCAGCUCGUCCGGCAUCACCUGACGCACACGGGCGAGAAGCCGUUUUCGUGUUCGGAAUGUGGAAAACGGUUUACAGGAAGGAGCAAUCUUUCGAACCAUCAGAGGCUUCACACGGCCGACAAGACCUUUUCUUGUUCUGAGUGCGGGAAAUGUUUCACCCGGAGGGACUGUCUUAUUUCCCAUCAGCGGACUCACUCGGGGGAGAAGCCUUACUCAUGUCUGCAGUGUGGUGAAUGGUAUUCCCACAAAUCGUGUCUUAUGAGGCAUGAAAGGGUUCACAGAGGGGAGAAGCCAUACCCGUGUUCCGAAUGCGGCAAGUGUUUCACGGAGAAAGCCCGGCUCGUCUCGCACCUAAGAGUCCACACCGGCGAGCGCCCCUACACGUGUACCGAGUGUGGGAGAGGCUUCAAAGAGCGAUCCGUGUUGAUCAGACACAAGAGAAUUCACAUGGGUGAUCCGUAG